AUGCCUGCGCCCCCUUCAUCACCCACGGCGACGACGAGCGCACGUUUAGCCUCAAUUCUUCUCAAAAUCGUGAUCUCAUCAUCCGUCUGCAUCUUGGAAGCCAAAAACCAGGACGAGAUGACCUCGACCAAGAAGUCAGCGCUCAAGGAUUAUGGGAAUGGAGCUGGGGCAUCUAUUGACGCUGGUAUGAGGAAGAAGUCCUCAGGAAGAGUCAACGGACGUGAUGCGAAUGUGGCCGCGCGCGUUGAUGUGGAGCGGGCGGCGUUGCUGGCUGAGCGGCAGAUAGAGCUGGAUAAAAUUCUGGACCGACACGAUGAUUUGAUCAGGGAGGCGUUUCACCUCGAGAAGUUUAGGACUCUGGUUUCGUAUAACCCCAAGACACAGGAAGCCAAGGCGGAUACUUCCACUGUCUUCGAGGAAUACAAAGCACAAUAUGAUCUUCUUGGAAAUUCAUCUACCUCUGUUGAAACAUCACGACGGACGACGCGACGUUCGCAUCAAGAGCGUGUCGAACUCUUGAAAGGACCCGUCGCUGGACCCUCGACACCGCUUGUCAUGGCGCCACCUCCGGUCAAGUCGAAGCAAGCUCGUCCCAUUCAGCAAUGGGACAACUCGAUCUGGGAUAUCCUUGCAGACGCGAAAGGCAAAGGAAAAGGGAAGGGGAAGGAGAUGACUGAAACCGAACCACCGACCUCGAAACUGUCCAAAAGGAAGUCUCUUUCCAAAUCCAUCGCUGAUGAUCCCAACCCUCUUUCAGCCCCGAAAGACAGUACCAGGCGAUCCUAUAAGGGAAAGAAGCGUACCUCAUUCGUGGGCGAACCUCGCAGCAUAGGUUCUGUGAUAGACCUGGUCGAUGAUGACCAGGCGACAUCGACCCCGGCUCGUACAAGGGGGCGCCAAAGUCUGCCUAACAUAUCCAUCAACGGGAGCACGGUAUCCUCUGACACCUUCCCACCUCCACAGAAGAGGCAGAGGGUCGUUCAUGAUUUUGACGAUGAUCGUCCCCCAGUUUCCCAGUUUUCCUCACAUGUUGACCUAUCCUCAUCAUCGAAGCCUCGCCAGUCCCGCCAUUCUCAGCGUCGAAAGGUGACUUCCCAUGCUGCCCCAGAACCGGCCCCAUCGAAGUCACAAAAUCUCCUGAUACACACACCAUCAAAGGCAAAGAUUGCUGUGCCUCUAGAACCCAUCUCGUCAGUCAAGCGCAUCAAGCUGAUAGUACGCCGCCCACCUCCAACCUACACUAAUCCUCGCCAACGACCACCACCUCCACGUUUUGGCAAUUCACUUUCUUCUCUCCUCUCGUCGUAUGCCAUGCUCGACGGAAAUGAGCGAUCUUCAGUCGAAUUAGAACACGAUGCUCGCCAAAAAGCUAUCUUCAUGGAGCAGGUGUACAGCCUUCAAAAGCAGGGCCGGAUGCUGCUGCGGCCGGAUCUGGCUACAGUGGCGGAUCGCAAUGCUGUCUCGGUGAAAAUCAAGCGUGGUAUGGACGCCUGGGAUCAUAUCGUCGAGGAAAUGCAAGAUCAUCGUGGGGAACGCGACACAGGGCAGCAGAUUGCCGCUUCUAUCGCGAAGAAAAUGCGCGCACAUUGGGAGUCUCUGGCUCUUAAAGAGGGCUCGGCACGGAUAGCGGAGGAAAAGCGGAUGAAGAAACUGGCGAAGACCAGGUCUAUUAUGGUCGUUACCGAGUGGAAAAAGGCAGUUUUCCACAUUCGUGAACAAGAACGGCUAGCGCGGGAGGCGGAAGAGAUAAAGAAGGGAAGGGAGCAUCUUGACGCGAUUCUCACUCAGUCAGGCCAAAUUUUGGAGACGCAGCAAUUAGAUCUCAGUCGAGCCGGGAGGUCAGGAAGUCGGUCGAGCAGUGUCUCCGCUUCACUGCGGGAUUGGGAAGAAGACGACAAAGAAGAAGACGUGAGCGAUGAAGAGAGCGAGCACCUCGAGUCUGUUGAAGAGGAAGUUGAUGAUCAAGAGGGCGGCAUCGACGAUGUGUUGAAGGAAAUAGGCAAGGAGGAAGAGAAACAAGCUCUCAGUGAGGCUGGGACUCGCGACAUAACGGAGAAUGAAGAGGACAGUAGCGAAGAAGGAGACGAAGAUACUACGGCGCUGGCAUUGCUCGGAGGUCCCGUUCAGACAGCUGCAGAGGACGUAGACGACACAUUUUCUCCUUCUUCUGAUUUGGUGGCGACGCCGUCUAAUGAUCCUGUGGCGAACUCUCCACCUGCGACAUCAUAUACCGAACCACAUAAUCCCUACUCUUCGCAUCAUUCGAUGGAUUACGAUCUGGCGCCUUCCCUUCCUCACCCGCUUGAUACAGUUAUUUUCCAUCAUGAUCAUGACGACAUUCGUCCCAUCGGAAUGCCGCCUCCUUUCAAAGAGCGAAAUCUACCUUCAUCAACAGACAUCCCCUCUUUCAAGGAUAUGGAGGUCGAUGCGCCAGCCACGCCUCCAAGGUCAGAGCCUGUAUUUGACGAAAACAUGUUCGUUCGCAAUUCAGUCGAAGGAAGCGAAAUGGACACAGAACCUCGCUUGCCCAAAUCCUUUAUACCCAAGUUAUCUCUCGACGUUGAAGAUCUUCGAUUCAAGAGCCGCGAAAGCUAUGACUCAGAGCGUAGGGAAAGCAUCACCGUGACACCUGCCGAGUUGGAAGCUGAUGAGACUACUGCUGUGCCGGAAGACUUUGAGGACGAAGAAGUUGAGGAUCUGUCCAUGAUACCUUACUAUCUCAAACCGUACGCUAUCGCGCCUGUUGAGUGGAACUCUGAAAGUCAAGUCAAACCUCCCGUCCUUCUCCGAGGAAUGCUCCGACCAUAUCAACAAGCAGGUUUGGAAUGGCUUGCCAGCCUUCAUGUCAGCAACCUCAACGGAAUUCUCGCAGACGAGAUGGGGCUUGGUAAAACAAUUCAAACCAUCGCGCUUCUAGCUCAUCUAGCGUGCGAUCGUGGGAUUUGGGGCCCUCAUCUCAUCAUCGUUCCGACCAGUGUGUUGCUCAACUGGGAAAUGGAGUUCAAGAAGUUUUUGCCAGGUUUCAAGGUGUUGGCUUACCACGGGCCCACAAAGCGACGGAAGGAAUUGCGACAGGGUUGGAACGACAAAUUCCAUUUCAAUGUCUGCAUCACGUCGUAUACGCUAGCCAGUCGAGAUGCCCAUAUAUUCAAGCGAAAGCCCUGGUAUUAUAUGAUUCUUGACGAAGCCCACAUGAUCAAAAACUUCAAGUCGCAGCGAUGGAAUAUUCUUCUUAUGUUUAGAUCCUUCCGCCGACUACUCCUCACUGGCACACCGCUGCAGAACAACCUGACGGAACUUUGGGCCCUGCUCCAAUUCUUGAUGUCCGGCGCGAAUUUCGCGAACCUCAAGGAAUUCGGGGAGUGGUUUUCAAAUCCAUUAGAGAAGGCUAUCGAGAUGGGGAAUGUUUUGGAUGACGAGAUUCAGCAACGGGUAUCCAAGCUGCACACUGUCCUAAGGCCUUACUUAUUACGCCGACUCAAGCGUGACGUUGAGAAGGAGCUGCCCAGCAAGUACGAGCAUCUUGUCCUCUGUCCGCUUUCCAAACGUCAAAGGUUCCUCUACGACGAGUUCAUGUCCAGGGCGCAGACACGCAAUGAUCUAUCGUCUGGUGUAUACCAGAAGAUUGCAAACAUCCUCAUGCAGCUGCGCAAGGUCUGCAACCAUCCCGACUUGUUCGAGGUGCGACCCAUCGUCACAUCAUUCUCCAUGGAGAGUUCCGCAAUCGCCGACUUCGAGAUCAAAGAGCUCCUCGUCCGCCGCAGCCUGCUUCUACGGGACGACGCAGACGCCGUGGUCAAUCUUGAUCUUCUAGGCUUCCAAUUCAUCCAUCAGCAGAAUACGUCAUGGAUCGCUGCCUCAGAGACACGGCUUUUAGACGCAACCUCUCACUUACCCUUCGUAGGACAGCUUCCUGGCGCACCUCCACCGCAUGACGUGCGCAGCAAGAAGGGCUUCAAGACGUAUCGCGAGUUUCAGCAACGCGCAGCGACUAUUGCUCGCUGGGCACACAUUGGAUAUCUCAAUCGUCUGCGGUGUAACCAAUUGCCUGUCUACAGCAGCGAGCUACUGACCGCGGUGAACCAGCUGAGUCGACCUUUGCUGCCUGCCUCUGCCAUUGAUCGCAUAGCCGGUUUUUUCAAUACCUCGGAACUGGUUCACUCUGCGAUCAAGUCAUACGAGACUCGUGGAGAAGAGAUGGCUCCGAUCGUAGACAAAUUCGCCUGCAUCACACCAGCUGUUGUCGCUCGUGAUCUCCCUCGAUUGGCUCUUAGCGGAUAUACGGAAGCAGUCCACGAGAUCGCGGCGGAUAUACAGUUCGAUGCCAUUCUUCAUAAAGCUAGCGUGAAGCUGCAGGUUGCGUUCCCAGACCCUUCGCUCCUCCAGUAUGACUGUGGUAAACUUCAGGAAUUGACCCGACUGCUCAGAGAACGCAAAGCGGGCGGCCAUCGUGUCUUGAUCUUUACGCAAAUGACACGGAUACUGGAUAUUCUAGAGAUUUUCUUGAAUUUCCACGGCCAUUUGUAUCUUCGGUUGGACGGUGCAACGAAGAUCGAGGAUAGGCAGUAUGUCACUGAGCGGUUCAAUUCUGACCCCCGGAUAUUUUGCUUUAUUGCAUCAUCGCGGUCCGGUGGUGUUGGUAUCAACUUGACGGGCGCCGACACGGUCGUCUUCUACGACAGUGAUUUCAAUCCCCAGAUGGAUCGACAGUGCGAAGAUAGGGCUCAUCGUAUCGGUCAGAUCCGAGACGUCCAUAUUUACCGGUUCAUAUCACAACACACUGUGGAGGAAGCGAUGCUUCGCAAGGCAAACCAGAAACGCUCUUUGGAUGAUAUUGUCAUCCAAAAAGGCGAAUUCGAUUGGCGUUCACUCUUCAGUACUAAUGACGACACGGGCGCUGAGGUACUGACCAAGGCACUGGAGGAGUUCGCGGACACGGAGGAUGCGUACGCGGCAAAGUUGGCGGCACGGGAGGCGGGUGAGCUUGAGGGUGCAGAUCAAGCUGAUUUCGGGGAGGAUGCUGGGGCGGGGACAGGGUUAGCUCGUAAAGAGAGUGUCGAUGCAAUGUCGAUCACACCAGUCGAUGAAGGUGAUGUAGACGAGGAGGAGCAAGAGCUGGAACCGGAGCAAGGGCAGGAGCAGGGGGGUUUUCUGGAUGUUGCUGGAGGCGAGGGCGAAAAUGCAGGUGAGGAUCAGGAAGACGAGGGAGGGACCACUGUCGACUAUAUGCUCAGCUUCGUACAGUAUGAUUAUGAUUUUUUCAGAGACUGGAAAGUGUAGUCGAAGCUUUUUAUUGUUUUCCUCUUGAUGCUAUCCCACUCAGUCCUUAUGUUGCUUGUAGUCUUAUUGUCCGUCGUGUUUUUUUGGUUCGUCACACCUCUGCCCCUUGUUUCGCUAUAUUACAGCCCCUUUGAACAGUUUUACGCAUCAUCUUGGUGUACACGGGUCCUCGCUUCGGAUGUAGGGAUAACAUUCGGCGCUGAUCGGUUGUUUGUGG